UAGAUGCGUAAAAGUAUAAAUGCAGUCAUUUGUGAAUUCUUUCUAAAUAGAAACAACUUCCUGCGACUAAAAUGGAUGCAGUGUCUUGUGAAAUAAAGAAGGAGAAAUCGGAUGAAUUGAUUUGCCGUCUGUGCUUUCUGGAGCGUGAACAUUUUCGGUUGAUUUUCAUUGACACAUAUUCUUCACUGGAUGAAUGGAUUGAGAAUCUCACAUCUUUGAAGAUCAGCGAAGUUCCCGGUGCUCCUGCUGCACUAUGCUUGGAAUGUCAAAACAUGUUACAAAACUUUGAAUCGUUUCGAGAAAUGUGUUUCACCAAUGAUCGUGUGUUCAAAGAGAUGUUUACCCAGAAUGACCAUACAGGUGUUACGGAAACUAGCUCAGUAAAUCAACUUGUUGCGACCAAAAUGGAUGCAGUGUCUUGUGAAAUAAAGAAGGAGAAAUCGGCUGAAUUGAUCUGCCGCCUGUGCUUUAUGGAGCGCGAGCAUUACCGGUUGAUUUUCAUCGACACCUAUUCUUCACUGGAUGAAUGGAUUGAGAAUCUCACAUCUUUGAAGAUCAACAAAGUUUCCGGUGCUCCUGCUACACUAUGCUUGGAAUGUCAAAACAUAUUAAAAAACUUUGAAUCUUUUCGAGAAAUGUGUUUCACCAAUGAUCGUGUGUUCAAAGAGAUGUUUACCCAGAAUAACCAUACAGGUGUUACGGAAACUAACUCAGUAGUAAGUGAAGUUGUAAUUGAUCACAAUGAUAGUCGGGAAACAGAUAUAUUAGACUCCACCAUUUAUUUACAGGUAGAUACAACAGAAAUUGCUGAGUACGAGGAUAUAAAAAUAGCACUUAACUAUACAGUUAAUCCUGAGGAAAAUUAUGAUGAUGAAAAAGAAAAACAACUGGAAUUGAUAACGAACCAUCCUAAGAGCACGCACAAUAUUGCAGAAGAAAAUCAAGUUACAGUACAUCAAACAAAUGUGUUGCAUACUGGUGAAAACAUAGACUACAAUAUCAGUCCUACUGAUCAACUGGAUGAGAAUACUGAAACUGAUGAUGAUGGUAUACUACCAUUUGAGAAAAAGGAUGAUGCCAUAACGAAAAAAGGAAACAGUGCAAAACACAAGAGGAAAUCUAUUCGCAAGGACUAUCCGCCCAUAAAAUGUGAGUUCUGCUCCAAAAAAUUCAAUGCAAAGCAUAAGUAUCACAAUCAUAUUCGGAGACACCGAAUAGAAAAAUCUUAUAUAUGUAGUUAUUGUGAUAAGGCUUUCAUCAGUUCCGCCGAGUUGAACGUUCACUUACGAAGCCAUACUUUGGAACGACCUUUCAAGUGUAAAAACUGCGACAAGUCAUUCAAAACAACAAGCCAUUUGUCACGACAUAACAAGAGUUACUGCAAAAUUAACAAAAACCCAGAUGACAAUAAAAAACCAUUACUUCAAUGUGAAUACUGCUCGAAAACAUUCAUGGUAAAAUGGAGAUUUGAAGCUCAUACUCGAAUGCAUACUGUGGAAAAAACGAAUAUUUGCAGUUACUGUUCUGAAGUUUUUAAAAAUCCAGCUGAGUUGAAAGUUCACGUCAAAAUACACAAACAGGAAACGUAUUUCAAAUGUGAUGCAUGCGACAAACUGUUUUCCACAUCUAGUUUACUAUCGCGGCAUAGUCAAAGCUACUGUGAGGUACAGCAGCAACGAAACGAUAUGCAAGUAAAGUCAUACAAAUGCGAAGAAUGUGACGCUUCGUUUGAUUCAUCAAACCGGAUGAUGCAACAUAUGCGGUCUCAUCCUGGAGUAAAACCGUACACAUGUGAUGUUUGCCAGUCGAAGUUUUCAACAUCUGGAAAUUUGAUAAGGCACAAACGACAUACGAAAAGACACACAUACACGUGCGAAGAGUGCCAACUGAAAUUCACAUUACCAGAACAUUUGGUGCGCCAUAAAAAAGAACACUUAACACAGGAGAUGAUCCACUAGGCGAUUUGUAAGGACGUAAUGGCUAAAACUGACGUAUUCAAGUUGUUUAGCAAACAGAAAUUUCUUGAAAAUUGUAAAUUGUAAACCAUCGGUCAAAACAUUCAUGAAA